AAACUCACCUCAACAGCAAAAGCUGACAAAAGCUUACCGCUAAAAACCCAUUUCCAUUCGCCUGAUAAAAAAAGAAUAUAUUGGUACAAUUUCGAUUUUGACGUUUUAAAUUAUUUGCGCCAAUCAAUGAGUGGCUCGAGUAGUCGCUUGGUUUUGCGUUUCAACUCAAAAAGUUCAGAUUUACGAAAUCAGAAGCAGCACAGAGAAUUAAAAAAAAAAUAAAAAAAUGUAUCCCAAAAGAAAACGUGCCGUAAUAAACGCUGGGCCGUGUAAGAGACAGUGCCAUCUUAAUUAUGUCAAAGAACGUAUGUGGGAUCCGUUUUAUCUAAAGAAAAAAAUCAAAGAAGUGGGAUUGUCUAAAGAUCUUAAAUUGUAUCAGAUACGCCUGUGGAGAAGUUACCUGAGCAUCUUCUUCGUGCUUCAUAUAUUGGUCACCAUAGGCCAUUGCUUGUUAAUCCUUGUGUUUGCCGAAAUAAAGGAUCUGAUCUACUUUGAUGUCGUCGUAUAUUUUGGAUGUGGGGUAUUUCUUUUGGCCGUUUUAAGUGUCAAUUUCUGUGAACAGUUUGUGGAACGACACAAUUGGGUAAUGUUAUUAAGUUCGUCAUUAGCCGCUAUAAUUUUACUUUCUGCGGACAAACUCACUGCAGCCAUUCACUACGAUCCGAGCACGGAAAUGGUAGUGGCCUCCUUCUAUGACGUAUACAUUGUAUUUGUGAUAUACAUGUAUCUGCCGGUACCUUCAGUUUGGUCGUCCAUAGCGCUGGGAACGGUAGCAGCCGUCGUAUACAUAAUUUACUAUGUUAUGUGUAUGAGUCCUGAGCAACUUCCGGACGGAAGUGUGGUGGCGGAUGCCUCCCACUAUUUGUGCCUCAACCUAGUGGGCAUUUUUUAUCGCAUAACUACAAAUAUGAUAGUCCGAUCCUCAUUCCUGGACCGUUAUCAAUAUGUAAAGGAGGAACUAAGGCUUCGGAACGCCAGGUGGCACGAAAAGAGUCUUGUCGACAGCAUUUUGCCUCCUCAGAUCUCAAUAUCUCUUCAGUCGGAAAUUCAAAAGAGAAUCACUAUGGUGAAUCAGGGCACCCGGCCAUCAAUUAUCACCCUGAGACGCUCUAUGGCAGUUCAGGUCCAUCCGGAUGUCAGCAUCCUCUAUGCCGAUGUCGUCAACUAUACGCAUCUUACCACCACCGUUGAUGUGGUGACUCUUAUAAAUCUCCUUCACGAUCUCUACGGGCGAUUCGACAAAGCUGCCGUCACGUUCCGGGUCCAGCGGAUCAAGUUUUUAGGCGACUGUUAUUAUUGCGUUGCCGGAAUGGCUGAAGCUGAUCCUGAUCACGCGAAAAAUUGUGUGGACCUUGGAUUCGCCAUGAUCUCCCAUAUUCAAGAAGUUCGGGAAAUAUAUGGCGUGGAUAUUAAUAUGCGCAUUGGUGUCAAUUCCGGAAGUAUUUUCGCAGGUGUGCUUGGCGAGGCUAAGCUGCAGUUAGACAUUUGGGGAACUGAUGUAACUAUUGCCAAUGUUUUAGAAUCGACUGGACUGCCUGGUUGUGUUCACGUCAGUAGCCGAACCUUAAGUUACAUAGAUGAGGACGAAUUUGCUAUUGAGCCGGCUCCAUCUUGGGCGGCGGAACAUCCCUUAUUUAUAAAGCAUGAUGUGCAAAGCUAUAUACUCAGAUCGAACAAUAUGAGUCUACACGAUACACAACCGGAGCCCUCUGCUAGUAUUUACUCCUUUUCACGGCUUGGGUCACAAUCGUCAGAUAAAGACGAAGCUUUACAAACUUUGUUUAAGCAAGAGCUUUACAAGGAAUUUCAAAAAAUGCCCGUAUUUCGUUGGAGGUUUGACCAGAAUGAACUUGAUUCUAGUUCGCCAAAUAUAUCCUUCCUGUGUCUGAAAUACAGAGACAAAGACAUGGAGAAUUUGUUCAUAACUCAAAGGGACUACAUAUUUAAGUACAGUAUAAUGCUAGCCUUUUUAAUUAGCUGCUUUUGUUCAAUUCUUCAACUAGUUGCUGACACCAAAAAUCACGUAUAUGUCAGUGUGCUAAGUACCACGGUAAUGCUCAUCUUCGUGGGUUUGACUUUUAUUGUCUGGUACAAGAAGAUCUGCUGGUUCAAAAAUCACGUUAAAUCCAAAGCUAACCCGAUUUAUAACAGGUUCAGCUGUUUUAUGUUCUACUUGCUCAAAAAAAUUCAGAUCAGCAUAGAGAUUCGUAUUUUAAUUUACUUAUUUAUUGAAAUUUCCCAGGGAACCAUCAUUGCUUUGAUUAUGAUUUUAUGCGAUGCAAACAGCUACAUUCUGGGUGAAAUUGAGAAAAAAAUCUUUCACUAUGAGGCGCCACAGAAUGAAUGCUUUCACCCAUGGGUGAUCACCAAUAUGAUGUCCAUAAUUAUUUGCAUGGCCUUUACUUUCACGAACAUUCCCUUGCCAAUAAAGACAGUCGUUGCAAUUAUAAUGUCCGUCGGAUACAUAUUAUUGAUUAACCUUCACCUGGCGUUUUUCUUCCACCAUAGCUAUUCCUCAAGUCCUUCCCUUCCUGCGGAAUAUGCCCACACCCUGCAAAUUCUGGUCACCAUGAUAACUGUGUACCAGAAAGAGCGAAUGAACACCUUCGCCAGCAAAGUAAACUUUAAAUGGCGACAGGACCUUAUUAAGAAACAAAAAGAUGCCGCUUUAACAAACCAAUCGAUCACCAUUCUUCUCCAUAAUAUUUUGCCUGAACACGUCGUAAAGGUCUAUCUUAAUUCAUUAGCUAAACAUGAAUUGUACUAUGAAAAUUAUCAGAUGGUUUCAGUCAUGUUUGCUAUGUUAAUGAAUUUUCAAAUGGACUUAAAGAACUUGCGAAUACUGAACGACAUUAUUACCGAAUUCGAUAUGUUGCUACUUUACUACAAGGAAUACUACGUGGUUGAGAAGAUCAAGGUUGUUGGAUGCACAUACAUGGCUGCUUGCGGGCUAGACCUUAACUUUGCGGGAUCGGUCAGCUUUAAGACUCGGGUUUCGAAUCUAAAAAUGUCUGCAAGCAGGGGACAGUAUUUGUCCCUACCGCUUGAUUCGGAGGACGACGACAUGGAUGAGGUGGUAUUCGUUCUAGCCUCGUUUGCACUUGAUAUGAUGCGCACACUGUCCAAAUGCAAAAACAGUCACAUCAAUAUCCACGACAAGAUAAGCGUCUGCAACGGAUCGAUCACCAUUGGCUUGUCCAGCGGUGAGGUGAUGGCCGGUAUUGUGGGUGCCUCCCAGCCACACUAUGACAUCUGGGGUGAUGCUGUGAACAUGGCCUCGCGAAUGCAGUCCACCGGCCUGCCGGAUAACAUCCAGGUCACCGAGGAGUCAGCAACAAUUCUUAAGGAUUUUGGCAUUAAAUGCAAUUAUCGCGGCUUAACCUACGUGAAGGGACGUGGCGAAAUACCGACCUACCUUGUGGGCAUUGACAAAACGAUGUCUUUCAUCGACACAAUAGCCAGGCGAAGUCCAAGUCACGUGCUUCGCAGUACGAGAAUAUCCCUUUCAUCCGAAUACAGAAACGAAGAAAGCAAUCAGUCGCAUUUCGAUGGCCAUUUUGUUUAAUUUUUUGUUCCCUAUUAAUGCAUGGUUUUCUUGUUCAUUAUUUAAAACUCUCCACCUUAAAAAUAAAAGAUGAUAAAA